UUUCUUCUAGUAGUAGCUAAACUACCUACCAAUAUUUGCAGACUGCCAAGUACUUGCUAAAGACCAAUCAAAUAGGUGUGAAUGAAAUGGAUGAUAAUGGGAAUACAACAUUAGAUAUUUUAGCACAGAGUUAGAGGGAUAUGAAUGAUUUAUCCAUUGGAGAGUGUCUUAGAGAAGCUGGAGGCUUAAGGGCAAAGGAUAUUUCAGCAUCCAUCAUUCAAAAUAUUAUAAAAAUUCCCAAAGACUGGUGGAAAUAACCAUUCUCAGUACCUUCAUCACCAGCAUAUUUAGGAGAAAAUCAGUCGAAAAAGCCCCCAUCAAAAGGCGAUUGGCUUUCCAAGAAACGCGAGACAAUAAUGGUGGUGGCCUCACUAAUUGCAACCAUGGCAUUCCAAGCUGGAGUGAACCCUCCAGGAGGUGUUUGGCAAGAAAAUGGAAAAUUGAACGCUCAGGGAAUACCCUCACAUAAAGCAGGGGAAGCAGUAAUGGCUUAUAAUCAUGCCAGAUCGUAUCGAUAUUUCCUUCAUGCCAACACCAUUGCCUUUGUCUCUUCUCUCAGCACAAUCUUGCUGCUGAUAAGUAGAUCGCCCUUCAGGCGCAGGCUUUUCAUGUGGGGUUUGAUGGUUAUCAUGUGGUUGACAGUUACCUCAGUAGCACUCACUUAUGGAAUAUCAAUUUACAUCCUCACGCCUAAGAAGGACAGUGAACCACUUGGUCAGAUCAUUGAAAUUGGAAUUACAGUAUGGUGUGGCUUAAUGGCACUACUCCUACUCGGAAACACAAUACGUUUGUUGCGGGUAUGGUUUAUACGUGCAGUUUGAAUACAUAGUCUAUUGGGAUUAUAAAUAAGUUCGUUCUCUUAGUUUCUGUUCAAAAUUUAUUUAUUGAACCACAAGAAUGCAACCAGACAAUUUUUGCAAAUGAGUAGUUCACAUAACA